GGGACCACAGGGUGUUCAAAUACUUAUUUGCUUCAAUAUAUAUGUUUGGACAUUGUUCUAAGUGUAAAAGUCUCUUUGAGUGCUUUUAAAGUUAGAUUUAUUACUAAAGUAGGAAGUUCUUGUGGUCAAAAUCCUAAUAAUGUGAGGUGCAGUACCGUGACGCACCACCAGAGGUCACAGUAGACUAACAUUUCUGAAAUAACCCGAUAAGCGACUUUUUUUCUUUUCUUUUAUACAUUAAGCGACACUUUUCAUUGAUUUUGUGGAUUAUAUUUAUGUUUUUGUUCAUUAUUGAUAGUUUCCCCUCAGUGGCCCCCGCGUUGGGCCCUCCCCGCCGCCGCAGACGGCUCCAUCCCUCUCCAGCUGUGUGGCUGCGUCGGCCAUGUUGUUAUGAUGGAAGUUUAGGAAGUGGAGGCUCCGGAGCGCAGGCUGGCCGGGACACUCCGGGAUCUGACUGAGACAUGACGCCUGUGCGUGGUCCGACGAUGCGCGCGCUCUCCUCCUCCUCCUCCUCCUCAUCACCAUCAUCCUCCUCCUCCGUCCGCCGCAGCGCCUGAGCCGCCGGGAUCGAACUUCAAUCAGCUGGACGCAUGAAGUGAGGAUGAGGGCUGAUCGGUCCCGCUCGGAGUAACUCGGAUUUACUUUGUCCCGAUCUGAUUUGAGGCAGACAGAGAGGAGGAACCGUCCCGGGAGAAGUCCGACUGAAUAAAGGACACCAUGGGCUGCAUAAAGAGCAAAGAGGACAAAGGCCCCGCGCUGAAGUACCAGCCUGAGAGCUCCCCCGCGUCCGACUCCACCGCCGGAGCCACCGCGGCCCACGUCGGUCACUACGGUCCAGAUCCCACCCUGCCCCAACAGAAUCCAGCCCCUGCACCGUCGUCCGGGUCUGGAGCUGGGAAUUUCAACCACAGCCUUACGCCGUUCGGCGGCUCCUCGUCCACCAUCACUCCCUUUGGAGGAACAUCGACCUCCUUCUCCGGUCCUCUAUCCAACUCUUUCUCCGGUGCCGUCUCAAGCGGGGUUACCUUCUUCGUGGCCUUGUACGACUACGAAGCCAGGACAUCGGACGACCUAACGUUCAAAAAGGGCGAUCGCUUCCAGAUCAUCAACAACACAGAAGGAGACUGGUGGGAGGCUCGCUCCAUCACCACGGGAAAGAAAGGCUACAUCCCCAGCAAUUAUGUUGCCCCCGCCGACUCCAUCCAAGCUGAAGAAUGGUACUUUGGAAAAAUGGGGCGUAAAGAUGCUGAGAGGUUGCUGUUAAAUCCUGGGAACGUUCGAGGAACUUUCCUGGUGCGAGAAAGUGAAACAACUAAAGGAGCUUAUUCCCUCUCAAUACGAGACUGGGAUUCGGCCAAAGGCGACAACGUGAAGCACUACAAGAUCCGUAAGCUGGACAACGGAGGAUACUACAUCACCACACGGGCGCAGUUUGACACCUUGCAGAAACUGGUCAAACACUACACAGAGCAUGCAGACGGACUCUGCCACAGGCUGACCACAGUGUGCCCCACGGUCAAGCCUCAGACUCAGGGACUCGCGAAGGACGCCUGGGAGAUUUCCAGGGAAUCCCUGCAGCUGGAGUUAAAACUGGGACAGGGCUGCUUUGGAGAGGUCUGGAUGGGCACAUGGAACGGCACCACCAAGGUGGCCAUAAAGACGCUAAAGCCGGGGACCAUGUCGCCCGAGGCGUUUCUCCAGGAGGCUCAGAUCAUGAAGAAGCUGAGGCACGACAAGCUGGUGCCUCUUUUUGCCGUGGUGUCGGAGGAGCCCAUUUACAUCGUCACGGAGUACAUGUCCAAAGGAAGCCUGUUGGAUUUUCUUAAAGAAGGUGAAGGCAAAUUCCUGAAUCUGGUCAUGCUGGUGGACAUGGCUGCAAAGAUCGCCGACGGCAUGGCUUUCAUCGAGAGGAUGAACUACAUCCACAGGGACCUGCGCGCAGCCAACAUCCUCGUAGGAGACAACCUGGUCUGCAAGAUCGCAGACUUUGGUCUGGCUCGGUUGAUAGAAGACAACGAGUACACGGCAAGGCAAGGAGCUAAGUUCCCCAUCAAGUGGACGGCUCCGGAGGCUGCACUGUACGGCCGCUUCACCAUCAAGUCCGACGUCUGGUCUUUUGGCAUCCUGCUCACUGAGCUGGUCACCAAAGGCAGAGUCCCCUACCCAGGUAUGGUGAAUCGGGAGGUGCUGGAGCAAGUGGAGCGCGGUUACCGCAUGCCCUGCCCGCAGGGAUGCCCCGAGUCCUUGCAUGAGAUGAUGAAGCUCUGCUGGAAGAAGGAACCGGACGAAAGGCCCACCUUCGAGUACCUGCAGUCCUUCCUGGAGGACUAUUUCACCUCCACAGAGCCACAGUACCAGCCCGGAGAAAACCUAUAGCCACGGGGGACGAACCAAAAGACUCGCGAGAUCUUUGCACUCACCCGGACUUGCUCUCUUUUUCCCAGAUUCAUUUGGAUUCCAUUUUUCUGGUACUACACAAGUUUACUGUGUGAACAUAUUGGUUUGUGGGAUUGGGCACACAUUUUGGAAAUACUUUUCAUAUGGGAUUCUUCUCUGCAGAUCGUUGUCAAAUAAGCUGUCUCCAAACUGAAAACCACAUGUUUGAGUUGCAUAAAUUACAAAAAAAAAAAACAAGUUCAGAAUUGAAAUCGACAUGUAUUUGUGUUUAUAUUAUUGAAUUAUGCAUCAGUUAUUCAAAGAAAUUAUAUGAUUUCCUAUUAGAAAGAAGUCUGAGGGAGUAUAGUUACUACCACGGUCCAUUCCAGGGUGAUAAUUUAAAAGCAAAUCCCUACACAGCUUCAGUUUAUUACAUUUCAUCAGUUAGAGUGCACUCUGUCUGCGUGAUAGUCUCUUGUGCGCAUUCUUUUAAAUUAUUUUCAAAUGUGUCAUUCCAACCAUUUAUUAUGGUUUAUUUAAAGCACAUGGGCACGUCUUGCUGCUUCACUUGAAGCCUUUCUUUCCCAAAACAAGCUGCUUUCUUUAGUUUUUUAGUCUUUACAAACACAAUUUUGGACUUCCUGCCGAUUCAUCAACCUGGAUUUUACUGAACGCCCCUCCAGCUAUUUCACAAAUGAAGCUGAGAAAUACUUUUGUUUUAGCCGCUGAUAUGUGACCGAGGAACUCUUGAACUCAUGGGAUCAACGGGACUCUGCAAAAAGUAUUUAUACUGAAGUGGAUUACCAUUUAUAAUAUUUUUCUUCAGUG